UUAUAUUGAUCACUAGACUAGAGAAGUCUAGACGCUCUCAAAUCAUGAUCGUCCACCAUUUGUGUUUUUUUUAUAUUGAUCACUAGACUAGAGAAGUCCAGACCAGUCCUCAAAUCGAGUUCUGAGAAAGGAAGGCUCUGCAAGAAACGUUAUAUAUAUAUAUAUAUACACACGGCGCAUUUGAUACUGUACCGAACUGCAUAGACUAUAGGCUCACGAAAGAAUGCCAAUAGCUGCAGCUCCAUUGGACACCGAAUCGAUGUCGACCAUAGUUGAAAUGGAAGGUACGAUGGAGCGACUUGUAAACAAGAUUAAAUCUGAAGACAUGGUGAAGUUAGAGAGGAAGUAUGGUGUCCACAUUGAUGUGAGCUGUGGUGCAAGCAUACAGCAUAGCUAGGAGGUGCUCUGAUUUUGAGUGGGCUAACAUUGAUUCUCAUCAUUGUCUUCUUCUCCUCCUCCUGCUCUUCCUCCUUCUCGUCUUCUUACUCAUCCUCCUCAUCGUCGUUCAGCUUUAUUGUCCAAUGGAGGAGGAGGAGGAGUUGAUAAUAACCAAGUGGUGAUCCUACAAAAGAAGGCACUUGAGGUGCUGGAAAAAGCCUGUGAGAGACUGAGACAUAAGCUUGUCACAAGUGUCGAUGCGAAGGAGACUUGUUUGGAUAAAUUUGGAUAUAUGCUCUAUCGCUCACGUGUUGAAUUGAAUGAAAUUAAAAAAGAGAAGGAUCAUACCAGCCAAAUUUUUAUUCUAUCUGGAGAUAGAAAAUAAAUAUGCAGAAGUGAUAUGGGAUAGAUAUUUGAAGCAGUGGAAGCAGUUUCAGGAGACAGCAAGACAAAGGUUUGUGGAGAUUUGCAUGUUGAAACAGGUGCAUAUGGAGCUACUGCAACAUCUGGAUUUAGAAUCAGCGCAGGAGAUGGUUCCCUCUUCUGAAGAGUUUAAAAAAUUGUGACACUAUGACUAAACUCUUUCAAUCAACUAGUGAAAACUUCAAGUUCGCCUUAACUGUUCAUUUACGUAGGAUUGCAGAGGUGCAUAUGCUUUGGUCCAUUUCAGCGUAGGCCUUGGGUUGUCUAGGCUUUGCGUGGUUUCCUAAUGUUAUGAUAUAAUUGUGAUAAAUUUUGGUUUUACCAUGUCUUCUGUGUAGGUAGCAAGCCUUGUGACUGGCGUUCCUGUUUCUUGGAUUCUGUUUAAUUAUAAGCCACCAUUGGUGACACUUUAACACGAUCCGAGUGAACUGUUGGUUGAACAUAAUCAUGUUAUUGAAAAAAUCUCCAGUGUUUUGUUGAUGUCUAGGCAUGAUGGAAGUAGGCGCCGUCCCAUUGGAUCAUUUCUCUUCCUGGGUCCUUGUCAUAGCAGGUCAAAAGCGCUUGUUGGCGAACUUGUGUGGCACAUGUUUGACAGCAGAGACGCAGUGAUAAGAUUCGACAUGUCAGAAUACAGGGAUUUACAUUCCGUUGGAUGUGACUCAUGCAUUCUUGGUAUUCGCUCCAGUGGAUACAACCUUGAGGGGCAUGGGGUGGGUGGGAAGCUUAUAGAGGCUGUUAAUAAUAGGCCUUUUUGUGUUCUUUUGUUUGACAAUGUUGACAAGGUCAAUAACUAUGCCAUUGACAUUCUUCUUGACAUCUUGAGACAUGGUAGUCUAAUAGACAGACAGGGAAAUGAAGUUGACUUCACCAAAUCAUUGGUUAUCAUGACUUCAGAUGUUGGAAAGGGUUUAUUCCAGCAUUGGCUCUGCAAUUGUUUGGAGAAGGUUCCAAGUUGCACAACUUGUACCAUGUAUGGGUUCUAUGUUCAUGCUAUUUGGAAAGGGGAACGUGCUUGUGGUUGCCUCCCUGUUCUCGGAGAGGCAAAAAAGAGGUUCAAAGGUGAAUUGCUUGAACUUUUGGAUGAUGUUAUCGUUUUCAAUAGCCUUUCCCUGCCACAUCUCAAUGCAAUUGCGAGGAUUAAGAUUAGGGAAAGAGCAUAUCACAUAGGGAAAUAUGAUCUCAUUGUUUACCCAUCGCAUGCUACAUUAAGAAGUAUCAUUUUUAAGUCUUCUUGUUUAACAUUAGGCGUAGAAGGUUUGAAGAUUUGGCUAGAGAAGAAUGUUGAUCCUGUGCUUUCUGAGAUGGUAUCUGAGAACAAAAUAAAUGCUAACUCAACAAUUUAUAUUGAUUCCCUUACGGGAACGGAUGAGUUGUCUUACAGAAAGGAGAACAGAAGAUUUCCAUUGGGCGAUGAUAUUUCCAGCCGGUUCAAAGAAUCUUUAAAAGAAUUGAGACGUGUGUACUUGAAAGAGAAGGAAUAUGUCAACAAUUUUUACACUUUAUGGAAAGCAUACCUUGAAUUGAUAACUACACUGGAUUCACAAAAUAGAGCCGAUCCAAAUGAUAUUACUCUGGCAGUUCGUCAUUUGGGUGAUAAGGUGGAUGGUCUCAUAAAUACAGCUAAAAACAACUUAGUGUGCAAUGAUGAUAAAUUGGCACCAGUGAAUUUCUUGAAUGAAGAAGCAGAAUCUAGUUAUAGAGAGCAGGGUGGUGAAAGGGCUAGCGGUAGGUUGGAGGGUCUUCGAACAAUAUUAUAUGGUAAUUUGGAGGGAAAAUAUCAGGCAAUUGAUGUUGUAGCAGAGGCUGUAUGGAGCUCUAUUGAUGCACCUCAUAGUUUGCCGCAUCAUCCUGUCAAGUCUUUUCUAUUCUUGGGUCUCACAUGUGUUGGUAAAGCAGAUCUCGUAAAAGGUCUUGCUGAGCUCUUUGGUACUGAUGACGAGGCACAGAUGGUGACUGAAAUCAACAUGCAAGAAUAUAGUGAUCCUGAUUCAUUUUUUCAGCUGAUGGGUGGAUCUUUGGACCUGCCAUUGCAUCAUAGCCAUGAGCAACAUGGUUUGGGGCUCCUUGAGGCCAUCAAGAUGAAGCCAUACCGUGUUCUCCUUGUUGAUCAGAUUGAAAAAGCCCAAAUGUCUGUUUUCGGUACGUGCUCUACUUUCAGUGCUUGGUACAUAAGCGGAUGCAUUGUUGAUUUAUGUAACACUAUCGUUAUUAUUACGUCGGAUUUGGGAAAUAAGCGAAUACUUGCUAGUCUUGUCGGACAUGCUGCUCAAGUUAUUUCUGAAGAAGAUGGGGUCAAUAACAAGUUGAACUUCUGGAUAUAUAUAUAUAUAUGUAAAAUGAGGGUUGGCCUUAGCGCAACGGUAAGGCUGUUCCAGUGUGACCUGGAGGAAGGAAAAAAAUUUAGAUUUUAGUUACUGAAUCGGAUAGAUGAGAUUGUUAUGUUCAAUCCAUUUGCUGUGGAGCAGCUGAGAAAAUGUUCCAGGUUAUCAUUGAGGGCCGGUUGUCAUCUAGAAGAGGGAUUAAAUUCUUUUUUCCCAUCGAACCUCUCUGAUCUGUUUUCAAAAUUCAGGGAUUCACUUGGUGAAAGGUUAAGCAUGGAGUUUGCGGUGUCCCAACUCUCAAAUAAGCUGAUUGGGAAUCGGAGCAGCAACGUUGUUCAGUCUAGCAGGAGUGGUUUGCAGGAGUGUCUUGCAGCCAAGACUAUGAGCAGAUGUCAUCAAUCAACACCCUUUUUGCCGUAUACUCCUCUUAUGGCGUUGUGCUAAAGUAGGACACUCUCUUAUGAGUGUGUUUGGCUCUCUAAUAUUAUGCUAGCUUUCAUUUGCAAAUAGGCUCGGGAGUUGGGAUUAUCUAAAGCGUAAAUCUAUAGAAACUGCGUGGAAUGGAAAAUUUUCAUGUUUAGAUUAAAUGAUGAUUCACUGUCAAGAACAAGAGAGAACAAUUUUGUAGAGAAUGUAAUGGAAACGAAUUGGUAUAUAUUGCCUCAAUGUUCUGUAAAUUGCUUGGUGCGACCUGUCAUGGGAAAUAAACAAUUGAAAACACUUUUACAAAGUUCUUUCGAGCACCAGGACAAAGUGGUACUUUUAUA